GUUUGCACCUACAUUGCCGGUCAAGUCCAGGCAGAAGAGCAGGAGCUUUGCAGACGGCGCACUCAACAAAAUAAUGCCUGUGUUUCUGCUCUCUUUCCUUGCGUUGUUCGGUGUUUCUCACGCCUCUGACACCGAGUCUCCGGAGCCGUCGCUCUGGUUGAGGUCCACUUUCCGCUCCGUGUGUAAACCCAUCCCGAGCACUCUGUUUCUGUGCCACGGGAUCGGUUAUAGGAGCAUGUGGAUCCCAAACAUACUCGGCCAUGACUCACUGAGGGAGGUCCAGCAGCAAUCUGCAGCCUGGCUGCCGCUCAUUUCCAAGCACUGUCACCGGGACACCAAGAAGUUUCUGUGCUCGCUCUUCGCUCCGGUGUGUCUGCCGGAGCUCAGCGGCCCAGUUAGCCCCUGUAGGAGCCUGUGUGAGGCCGUGCGGGACGGCUGCGUACCGGUGAUGAGCGCGUUCGGCUUCCCCUGGCCCUAUAUGUUUAACUGCACCCGGUUCCCACACGGAACCGAGCUCUGUAUCCCGACCACCGAGGAGCAGGAUGGGCGUGAAACAGAGAUGGUCAAGCACGAGGAGGUGCCCAAAGGCAGUGUUAUUUGUGAUGCCUGUAGUCUUGGUGUAGAAGGAGAGAUUGACAUCCAGGAAAACUUCUGCCACAGUCCAUAUGCAUUUAAGAUGCGUCUGGGCAGCAUGAUGACAGUGGGGGAUGACCUUCAGCUGGUGCCUACGGCCCGCAGCCGGAUCCUGAGGUGGGCAGGGGGAGGGGCUGAGAAAGCAGAAGAAGUUGGAGGGGCGAUGGCCUAUGGCGCUUUGUGGCUGCAAGACGGAAGCACGUGUACUUGUCCUGGCUUAGAUUCUGCUGAAUCGAAUGAUGAGAAAAGGCAAGAGGAGGUGCAGAUGGAAAAGAAACUGACAAAAACAGGGAAAAAUGUGGGGAAGAGCGCCCCUGGUGGAUGGUACCUUUCCCUUGCUCAGGCUGAAGAGGAAAGACUGGUGCUGACUCGACUGGUGAGGUGGACCAAAGGGGACAAAGAGCUGAAGAAGUUCAUCCGAGCUCUCCUUAAGCAGACGUGUGCAGAGCUUUAAACAGCGAGUUGGAUGCUGCUUUAGCUGUGCUGCACGAGUAGCUGCACUUUACAGUAAUGUACACAAAAUCCAGCAAAGGAGCCGACUGCAAACUAGUGAACAGCUGAUAGUUCAGACAGGAAGUUAGAGACAAUCAAUAAUCAACCAAAUCUUCAGUUACACCAGUGUGUCACCUUGUUACAAAAUGUGUUGGUGCAUUACUGAGUUCCCUCCAUUUUAAAAAGAAGCAUAAUUUUACCAACGUAAGAACCCAGAGUCUUUACACGGAACGAUUAGUCCUUCGUAGCCACAGAUCACAGAGCUGGUGUUUGUGCACCUUACUUGAUCCAAUAUCAUAGACACAUUGUUACACUGGUUACUACUAACUACGGCCUCUUUUUUUUAAAUAUAUUUUUUUGUACAUACAGUAGUCAAAAUGUAACAUUUUUAUAAUGAUUGCUCGGGUGGAGACUGAGCUCACCUCUCUGUGGUGACGUUUCUAUGCACAUUAAGCAUGCAGCAUAAAUAUAUUUGAAUUACUUGACCAGUUUCUGUCACAGCAGGUAUGUUUAUCCAUUUUAUUUUUAUUUGUAUCUAAUGUGAUUCUUCUGGGUUUUUUAAUUUUCUAUUUACUUAAAUGUUGUUUUUUUUCUCAAUAUUUUAUUGAGUUUUACUUGCUAGUAUUCCAUCAGUAAGCUUUUUCUUGAUCUUUUCCAUCAUGACUUAGUAAAGAAAGAAAUUGGACUCCGCACAGAGACGCACACCUGUUCACGUUAACUUGAUAUAUCAAAUGUCAGCUUCACACUGCCUCUCUGUUUCUGUCUGCUCAUUCUUAUUUUUCAUUUUUAAUAUGACGGUUUCAAUAUAUGACACCAAAAAUGGCAAAACCUCAUGUUAAACAGCUGUAGUGGGUUUUUUCUGUUAAUUGGGAAUAUUUAUAGGACAUAUACUGCCAUGCACGUGAUGCAUAAAUUAUUCAUAGCCCAUGCUCCUCUCUCUGUACUUCUGCACCUGCCUCAGCUCAAUUGCCACACUUCAAAGCCUCCUCUGCUUUUUGUUAAACAGGUAAGGUUGUCUUGUUUUUCAGUAAAAUAGAUAGUUUUGUUUUUUUUUUUUGUUACAGCAUUUAUUCAGUGUGACACAGGAAGCCUGUGGAUUCUGCAGUUACAUGUGGAGCAGAAACAUCGAGAGAGCCGCAGCACUUUCUUUCACAUUUAGCAUAAGGCUAAUUUCUACAUAGAUAUUUUUGUCAUUUCAAAUAAAGCUCACAGUGUUAUCAACAGUAUCCUGUCACAAGUACGUACGUUUAUUUCUUUGCAGUAACUGUAGGGGAUGAAAUAAAAAUUGUGGCUGUUUUGUAGCUUUGCUGUACUACCCCGCUGCUUAGAUUAUUUAAAUCAUGGAAGCAUUUAAAAGCUAAACCAGACUGUUACUGAAAAAUGCAAACAAGAAGACAGGGAAUCAGGUUUUUCUUUAUCCCAAGUUUUACCUUCUGCUGCUGUUUUACAUGAAAGAACAGCACAAGGAGUAAGUACGUGGUCUUGUAGUCAGGGGAAUGGUUAAGGGGGACCCUGAGUGACACCGCUCCCCCUGAAUUAUUUACUAUGAGGGAUCUUUACUUGGAAAAGGGAGUUGUCUUUCUCAAUAAACCAUAUAAUUCUAAAAAACAUAAUAUGAACCUGAGUCAAGAAAAAUUACAACAAUAUAAACCAAAUUCCCUGUCUCAAUCACAUUUUUAAGUUUUGAAAGAAUA